AUGACCUCCGCCGUCCUCGCCGGCCGGAAUGAGGUCCACCACGCGCACCCGCACCACCGCCACUGGGGCGGCGCCCGCGUCCCCCUCAUGCCCAAUCCGUCCUCCAACCCUAACCCUAGGCGCCACCACCCCGCGGGGGGCCCAAACCCUAUCCCCAGCGGCUCGCCGCCGGCGCCGCCGCGGGCCGUCCCGGCGGUCGCCGCGGCCGAGCCCUUGCCGUCGUCUUCGGGGCACGUGAAGUUCAGGCCGUCGGAAGUGACCCCCGCCGAGGCCAGGCUUCCGCGCGCGGCUCACCGGCGAGCUCGGCCGCGUCCGCGCUUUCCUCUCCCGCAUCGACUCGUUGCAGGACGGGCAGCGCCGGCGCCGGGCGCCUGGAGCCCUGCGCGCCGCUCGUCCCCGUUCCCGCCGCCGGUGCUGGUGGAGGCGAUGCGGAAGCGGUGCGCGGACAUCCUGAUGCGGCUGCGGAGAUCGAAGAAAAGCGUGUGGUUCAACUCCCCCGUCGACGUGGAGGGCCUCAAGCUCCACGACUACCGCGCCAUCAUACGGAGCCCCAUGGAUCUCGGCACCGUCAAGCAGAACCUCACCGCUGGCCGGUUCCCCUCGCACGAGGCGUUCGCCGGCGACGUCCGGCUCACCUUCAACAACGCGCUGCGGUACAACCCGCCCGACCACCACGUGCACAGGUACGCCGGCAACCUCCUCGCCUCGUUCGAGGGGAUGUACAAGGAGGCCGUCUCGUGGUUCGAGCAGCAGCGCCAGCAACUCGAGCCACCAAUGCAGCUCGAUCUGCCGCCGCCUCCACCACCACCACCACAGCUGCCAGUUUCUGUGCCAGUGCAAGCGCCCCUGAGGAUGGGGGGGAAGGCGCUAAAGAAGAACCAGCGGAAUUCUAUGAUGAAUGGUGAUGCUGCUGCCAUGAAUGGACACGCCAUCGAUGUGACAAUUGUUCCGGAUGAUGAUGACAUGGUCGAGGUUGCUGUCAAUCCGUCUGUGGUGGUUGAAAUUGGAGAGUCCGAGACUGACAUUCCAAAGAAGAGGGAAAUGGAGGCGGAGGACGAGUAUGUGGAUAUCGGUGAUGAGAUGCCAACGGUGAAUUACCAGUCGGUGGAGAUUGAGCGGGAUUCCCCAGCAGCUAGCAGCUCAAGCGGAUCAGGAAGUGGCUCAUCUUCAUCCAGUGAUUCUGACUCGGACUCUGAAUCUGAUGGGGAUGAUGCAAGCGCCCCGCACUAG